UCUUAGUCGUUAAUAAUGUAUGUGAUGCAGCUUGUGUGUGUAUGUAAAAGUCAAUGCUGAUGUUUAUUAGUGAGUGAGGAUGUUUGCUGUUGUACCUACUGAUUGAUAUUUUAUGGUCUAGGAAGAGCCUGAUACUAACUACAGACUGACAUCAUGCCUGUGUGCCAUUAUGGCUGCAGAAGUCAAUAGUUAUGUAAUACGUUUAAAGUGGGAUUUACAGGGAGCAGUUGUGCUUCUUCUAACAAUUAUGCCCAAUAUUUCAAUAACAUCAGUGCAUGCUAUCCGGUAGAGAUGGAAGCCAGUAUCAGUAUCAGGCUGAUACCAAGAAAACAUGGUGGAUUGGAUAUCAGAUCCUGUAACAAAGGGCAAAGAUUGAAUCUGGAUUCAAUCUUUUUCGAGAGAGUGUGAAAGAAUUUAACUCAGAGGCACUUCAGUUGAAAAAAAAAAACUAUUUAAAUACAUUCUAAAGCUUUAGGUGUUUAGUUUGCAAAGAAAACAACAUCGGAUGGGUAUCAAUAUUGGCUCAUACUUAAGGUUUCAGUGUCGUUACUGGUAUCAGAAAAAGAAAAUGUGGUAAUGUGACAUGUCUAGUGUUUGUGCUGUUUUGACACUGUUAACCUCCAAGCGCAGCCGUGGCUCUUCUUGCCGUUCCACUGACAAGCUGUAAAUAAACAGCCACGUCUGCAGGAAGUGGAUAUUCAUCAGCAUUCUGUGUGUGUGGGAGGUUGGACAAGUGGAAAGAGCAGAUUAAGCCUCCUUACUACGUGAAGAAAGAAAACCAACAGUAUGACCCUGGCAGCAUAUCGAGACAAACUGAAGGAGCUCCCUCUAGUGUCACUAUUCUGCUCCUGCAUCAAGACGGAUGUUAUAGACAAGCCGACCUACAAAGCUGAAGAUGCAGUGGACCUGAACUGGUGUGAGAUCAAGGACGUGGAAGUGAUCGAGCUGAACAAGCGUGCAUCAGGCCAGGCGUUUGAAGUGAUCCUGAAGCCCCCUUCAUUCGACGGUGUGCCCGAGCUGAAUGCCUCCAUGCCACACCGCAAGGACCCCUCACUGGAGGAGAUCCAGAAGAAGCUGGAGGCUGCUGAGGAGAGACGGAAGUUCCAGGAGGCAGAGCUGCUGAAGCACCUGGCUGAGAAGAGAGAGCACGAGAGGGAGGUCAUCCAGAAGGCCUUCGAGGAGAACAACAACUUCAUCAAGAACGCAAAGGAGAAGCUGGAACAGAAGAUGGAGAUCAACAAAGAGAACCGCGAGGCCCUGCUGGCCGCCAUGCUGGAGAGACUUCAGGAAAAGGACAAGCACGCAGAAGAAGUGAGGAAGAAUAAAGAGUUGAAGGAGGAAGCAUGCCGAUAGAGUGGUGGAGGAAAAGAGGACUGUGUUUGGGAUGGUUUAAAAAAAACAUAGGAUGAGACAGAGAUCAAUAAAAGAAGACAUCACUUCUCAUUAUAGUAAUGGAGGCGAGUAGUGGACAUUGCUAAUGGCAAUUUAAAACACAACAAACCUUUUUUUUUUUUUUUUUUUUUUUUCAUGGGGUAUAAAAUGUCAAAGCUAAUAACUGUCUGGAUAACAAUGCAAGGUGCAUCGAAGUUCUAGUGUCAAAGGUUCAGGUAGUAGAUAUCAGCAACCUCUUAGAAAAUCAAUCACUUGUACAUAUUGAGAUGAGGAUGUAGAAGAUAGGAGAGAAACAAGAAAUAAGGAAUAAAUAAUGCAGACAUACAGACAAUGCAGACUGAAUACACUGAAAAUUAAGAUCAGUACUCUGAGGACAAGAUAUUGCACUUCAUAAACGUCUAUACACAUUGCAAAAAAUCUGCUUUUUCUUAAAUGUAUACCAUCUAGCAAAGCGCAAGCUAUGCAUGUUUAUUCACUUAUCAUUUAUUUAUUAUAGAGGCACAUGUGAUUUCUCAAUAAAACAAAUUUAUAAAGGAAUUUAUUCACAUUGCCUUUGUUCUCUAAGCAGUAUUGCAUUCAUGGUUAUGCAUUUUCAUGAGAUUUGAUGAAAAAAUAUUAGAAGCUCCUAACUGUUAGCCUCUUCAGAAUGAAAUUCCUUACUGAAUAUUUAAGCACAAUUCAAAGGCACAUAUAAGCUAAACGAUUUUUAUUUGUAUCAUGCUCAAGCGAUAGCUAAGAAGAAAGAUGUCAAGAAUGCAGAGCAGGGACAUAAUGAGAAAACAGGGAAGACAGGGAAGAAGGAUAAAGAGAGAGAGAGAAUUAAGAAACACUGAGAUGCUGUACUUAUAUUUUAAUGAAGUGGCAAUCAGAGAAGCUGCUUUAGCAUUAGCUGUGAAUGCUGUGAUUUGUUUUGGCAUGUCUCUGUGUUUUUCUUGUUAGGUGACUUUUUAAAAUGACAAUAUGUGCAGUGAUGAGCAUUGAUGUGAUUUGUUCAGGAAACCCCAUUUGCUCUUUUUGUGGUUGUCAUAAAGAUGAUCCUAUUUCUGGUUUGGCAUGAUGGUCAGUAAAAACAUCUCUUUACUAAACGA